AUUCUGCAACUCAUCACCGCCUACCACCCAGAAGUUCUGCCUCAGGCGCCAACACCACCUACAAGCUCCCCCAGCCUAGAGCUCCAACAUCCCAUACCUUUAUCCCGCGGAGAGUCCACCUUAACAACAACAAUCCUUCCACCGCCAAGUCAACGUCCAGCGUUAUUGCUCGUCUCGGUCCACGCCAAAUCCAUCGCCCCUUACGAGUUAAGCGGCCCAUUCUCCCUCCUCGAAGGCAACGCCGAUUCCCACACUGGUGGAGAGAACACCAGGAGAUACCUCGAACUGCGAACAGAUACAACCCACCGAACGAAGCCAGCAUACCCGCUUCCACAGUAUCGGAAUUACCAAUCCAAUCACCGAUUAACCUCAAACCAAAAAAAGAAAAGAAAAGAAAAAGUAAAAGGGAAGAAGAAGACACCGGCUGGUCCCUGUGUCAGAGUGCAUUGACCGUGCCCUCAUACUCUACGUAUAAUUCACCGAAUCACUAGCCAUUCGAAGCAGAAUAACCAAGAUAUCAAAAUGGCGAACGGGUGGAGUCUAAUCAUCGGUCUGAUCGUCAUCGCCGUCGCGUCCGUCGUGGUUUGGAUAUUCAGUCCUAAGGGCGAGAACCAAACGCUUUGGCGGAGUACGCUUAUUCUCUCGUUUGUGUCGUGCUAUUUGAUGUGGGGUAUGUUUAUUUCUCCCUUUCUUUUCCUGUUCCCUUUAUGCUGGCUUUGGGUAUUGGGGGGGGUAAUGGGUUGAGGGGAACGAGAACCAAUGUGCUGAUUUAUGAUAUGUGCAGCGAUUACGUUUCUGGCGCAGUGGCAUCCGCUUAUUUCGCCGAAGAGGGCGGAUAUUAGACCUGAUCGGGUACCGCAGUGAUUUUCCCUUAUUGGGUUCUUGAUUGAUGGGCUAGGAUAUGU